AUGGAUGAAAUACCUCAAUUAGUAACAGAACUUGAAGAUACCCUUCAACUAGAGAAGAUACCAAUAACAACUACUACUAGCAAGCCUUAUUCACUGACUCCAACCACAUUAUCUAAAAAGAUCCCAAUUACAAUUAUAACCGGAUAUUUAGGAUCAGGUAAGUCAACAUUACUUGAUAGAAUUGGUAAAACAUCAAAUAAAAGAUUAGCAAUUAUCUUAAAUGAAUUUGGAGAUUCUUCAAUAAUUGAAAAAUCAGUUACAAUUCAAGAUACAAAUGAAAGUGUUACUGAAUGGUUAGAUAUUGGUAAUGGAUGUCUUUGUUGUACUGUAAAAGAUAAUGGAGUAUUAGCAAUUGAAAAUUUAAUUGAGAAUUCCAAAGAUAAGAUUGAUUAUAUCUUAUUAGAAACUACUGGUAUUGCUGAUCCUGCACCAAUUGCUAAAAUGUUUUGGUUAGAUGAAGGAUUAGCUUCAAAUAUUUAUAUUGAUGGAGUUAUAACUGUGGUUGAUUCUGAACAUAUUGUUAAAUGUUUAGAUGAUAUUGGAGGGCAUUGGCAUAAACAACAGAAAUUGCUUGCAUCUCAACAACAACAACAACAACCAGAAGGUGAAUUAACCCCGGAAGAGAUUGAAAUGGAACAAAAACAUUUACAAGAAGGUAUAACUACCGCCCAUUUACAAUUAGCAUUAGCUGAUACAAUUCUAUUAAAUAAAAUAGAUAAAAUAGAGUCAGGGGAUGAAGUACAAGAUAUAAUUGAAAGAAUAAGAAGAAUCAAUGAAACAUCACCAAUUUAUACAACAAGUUUUGGUGAUAUUGAUUUAAGUAAGAUAUUAGACUUACAUGCAUUUGAAGCUAAUGAUUCUAAAUUCUUAGAAUCAAUUCAUAUAAAACAUAAACAUACUUUCCAUGAUGAUAGAAUUGGUACUAUUUGUAUUGAUUUCCCAUUCUUUAAUAACAGGGAAGAUUUUAAUAAAUUUGAAAUGUUUUUACAAUAUAUAUUAUGGGAAAAUAAGAUUAAUAAUAAACCAGUUGAAAUACAUCGUAUUAAAGGAUUAUUAGUAUUGAAAGAUGGUACUACUGAUGUUAGAGUGGUACAAGGGGUUAGAGAUACUUAUGAAAUAAUUGAAGGUGGUCAAUUAUUAGAUGAUAUUAAUGAAAAUAAAUUGGUUAUAAUUGGUAAAGAUUUAAAUGAUGAUGAUUUACUAAUUGAAUUAAAUAAUUACUUAACCUAA